AUGUCUCAAAAAGUAGGACAUACAGGUCUCGCAUUUGCUAGAAUGUGGCAUCAUGUGGAUUUGGCUCAUGAAGGUAGGACUAUGGGUAGACUGGCUACAUCUAUUGCUACAACAUUGAUGGGUAAACACAAGCCGGUAUACCAUGAGUCACAAGAUAUGGGAGAUUAUGUUGUUGUUACAAACUGCCAACUUUUGAAAACAACCGGUAAUAAAAUGUCGCAAAGAGAAUAUUGGUCUCACACUACAAGACCAGGUAGUUUGAAACUAAUACCGAUGGAUAGAAUGGCUGCAGACAAAGGUUAUGGAGAAUUGUUGAGACGAGCAGUAAGUGGUAUGUUACCAAAGAACAGAUUAAGAAAAAUUAGAUUGGAAAGACUGAAAGUAUUUGAUGGCAGUGAACAUCCUUACAAACAAAAUAUCACAGCAUUCGCAACGGAACAACCAAAGGUACAGGAACUGCUAAAUACAACUAAAAAAUAA